AUGACACGUUUUCUUGGCCUUCGAGGCAGUCGCCUCCACUAUGUGGCAAUCCUCGGCGUGGUUAUGCCCGCAUUCAUGUCACUAGGCUAUAAUCAAGGAUUACUAGGGGGAGUUCUCACCCUACCCUGGUUUCAGAACCAAUUCCCUGAAAUCGACGUGUCCCACGCCCAACCUUCAGAGAAACUCCAUAAAUCGACAUUGCAGGGUACUGUGGUGGCCUUGUAUGCAGCAGGCGGGUUCUUAGGAGCCAUCACCUGCAUUGGGCUGGGUGAUGUGCUUGGACGUCGACGAACCAUCAUACUCGCUUCAGUAGUGCAAUUGAUCGGUGCUUUCCUCAUGGCUAGUUCUUUUAGCUUUGCUCAGCUUGUCGUGUCGCGAGUUAUUCUAGGUCUGGGAACUGGUGGACAGCUAGCCACUGUGCCUGUUUGGCAAUCGGAGAUAUCACCAGCUAGCAAGCGUGGUGCGCAUGUUGGGACUACAGGCAUCUUCGCUUCUCUGGGUCUUACCCUGGGUUUACUUGUCGAUCUUGGGAUGUCGUAUGUCCCUAACAGCGCAAGUUGGCGUGUUCCAGUUGGUCUGCCUAUCAUACUUUCCUUAACUGUGAUGAUAUUUACUUCUAAUAUGCCCGAGUCUCCCCGUUGGUUGAUCCAGCAGGGUCAAGUCUCUGCUGCCCGUGAGGUAUUGGCAGCUCUGAGGGACACUGAAAUGGACAGUGAGGUGGUCAAGAAGGAGAUACUUGAUGUGGAGGCGUCGCUGGCUAUUGCCGGUAAAGGCUCUCUGAGCCAAAUUUUCCACAUGGGACAUCAGAGAAUCUGUCAUCGUGUAUCUCUUGCGGCAGGUGGAUUGGUGUUGUUACAAUUGACGGGUGUCAACACUAUCACGUUCUACAGUACGACGAUCUUCCAAACCAACCUCCACCUUGAACCGACAACAUCAAAGAUCCUGGCGGUGAUCUACCAGUUCUCCGGUGUCUUUGGUGGCAUUGUCUGCGUGUCCACUAUAGAGGGCUUCGGUCGUCGUGUCUUGUUAUUGUCAAGUGCAACGGUCAACACAAUCUGCAUGGUCCUCGUUGCUGCGCUUAGUUCUCAGUCGACAAACAGCAUCGCCAUGCACGCCGCCGUGGUUUUUAUGUUCAUCUUUCACUUCAGCAUGAUUGUCGGUUUUGGUGGGAUCCCUUUUCUCUACGCAUCCGAGGUUUCACCUCUCAGUCUGCGUACCACCAUCAACGGUAUUAGCUCUGGCAUGUAUUGGGCUCUGAGUGUUUUGAUCGCCGAGGUGACCCCAAUCGCUUUUAAUGCAAUUGGAUGGAAAUACUUUCUGAUCUUUGCUUGCACAAACUUUGCGAUGAUACCGAUUGUUUAUCUGUUUUACCCGGAAACGGCAGGGCUGUCGCUGGAAGAUAUAGAUGAGGUGUUUAUUAUGUCUACGGGGUGGUUGGACCCUGUUCGUGUGGCAAAGCGGUUGCCCGAGAGAUUAAAUGGUCGACAACCCCAGGGAGACUCUCCUUUGGAGAAAGACGAUGGAGAGUCGAAGGGCUGA